CCUGCCAGGCAGUACUUCCUUAUAUUUUCUGGUACCUUUUCUACGAUUGCCAAGGCAAAGGACCGCCUGACAGACCUACCUGAGGACAAUAGGUCCCCAUAUACGUUACGCCGUAUUGAUUGAAGCUGUCCUGUGCAUCUGGUGUGCUGCCGAGCAAAUAUUAGCUGUUUCUCAGAAAAGGUACGGUUUUUGGUUUGAGUUUACAAACAUGUGGGCUUCAGGAUUUCUCUUAGAAAUGCUGUGGUUGGUUUUAUUCCAGGCUGCUGCUAGUUGGGGUCAGGCAAACAUAACCAGCAUGCUGGCACCGCAGGCCGAUCGGGUCAUGGCACUUGGAGAAUGGCAAGAACGCUGGCAGGAGGAGAGGAUUGGCUUCCAUCAACCUCAUGUGCACAAGAUGCUGGAGAACAAUAUUGAUAAAGUCCUUGCUGGACGGACAGGAGUUCGCUUCUUCAUCCCUCUCUGUGGGAAAACAGUGGAUAUAAAGUGGCUGGCAGACAUGGGCCAUUCAGUGGUUGGGGUGGAGAUAUCUGAAAAGGCUGUAAAACAGUUCUUUGAGGAGAACAACUUGACGUACAGUGAGGAGCCUGUCCCUGCCGUACCUGGAGCAAAGGUUUACAAGAGCUCAGAGAAAAAUAUCUCCCUCUAUCAGUGUGACCUGUACAACUUCUCCAGUUCCAUCGAGGGUCAGUUUGGGGCAAUUUGGGACAGGGGAUCUCUGGUGGCUAUCAACCCAAAAGACAGAGAAAAGUAUAGUUCUCUCUUAAUUUCCCUCAUGGCCAAAGACUGCAGAUACCUUUUGGACACUUUGCUGUACAAUCCUGAAUUAUAUAAAGGUCCUCCCUUUUUUGUGCCCGAUGAGCAAGUGCACAGCCUGUUUGGGGAAAGCUGUGAUAUCGAGCUGCUGCAGUCGAUGGAUGCCUUGACAGACAGACAGCGAGAAUGGGGGCUGGACUAUCUGACGGAAAAUGUACAUCUCAUCAUUCCAAAGAGCAGUUAAAAAAUAUGUUGUACAUUUAGAGAGAUUAGAAAAGCUGAUCUUUGACAUUUUAUUGCAAACACAGGUCCACGUUUUUUAUGCUUAGAGAGAGAGAAUUUCUAAAAACUGUUUAUAAAGGAACUGUAAGUAUUGAGACUUUUGAAUACUAGACAAAAUAAAACAUGUUUGUAAUAAAAUGCAAAUAAAAAGUAAGAAAAGUGA